CUGGACAGUCCGGUCUGGUCUGGCCUGGCCUGCACGCUGGCCACGCUACCCGUCACUGGCUUCUCUCGGUCGAACGACACGCAAAAGUAAUUGGAUUGAGCCCUGCAGCAGCGGGUGCCAUGCAAAUUGCAAUCCAGGGGCUGCCGUUUGCUAAAGCCGUGCGCUUUCAUUGGCCCUCAUCGUGGACGUGUGUCACAGGCCACAGGCCCACUGCGCUGGUCGAGCAGGCGGCCCUCACCAGCAUCCAUAAUACCCACCGCUUGUGGACAUGGUAGUGUGUCACGCCUACUAGUGAAAACAUAAUCACGCUUGAAACCACCACCUUGUGCGAAUACGCAAAGAGAACAAGAUGCGUUUUCGGACGGGCAUCGAGGCCAUCUCAACGCUGCUGAAAGUGUUUCAAUCCGUAAACAAGAUCAGCACGCACUGCAUACUCAACCUUUCGCCCGACGAAGUCCGCAUUAUCUGCACGGGCGAGUCGGACGGCGUGCAAAUAUGGACGACUCUCACCAAGGACCAAUUCUUCAAGGAUUAUCGGGUCGAGUCGAAGUACAAAAAUAUCAUCAAUCUGGAGAUUUCGACAGAAAUGCUUAUCUCGGUGCUCAAAAGCGCUCAAGACACAUCGGACGUCACUAUGCGACUCGCAAAACGUGGUAGCGACCCAUUGCUCUCAUUUGCAAUCGUCUCCAUGAGCCACACGGGUGCAAAGAUGGAAAUCGAACAUGAAGUCCUCAUCAAGCUCAUCAAGCCGCCAGACUGGGAGCAAAUUCGCGAGCCACACUGUCCUGAGCCAGAUGUCCACAUUGUACUACCUCGACUGCUGAAGAUGCGCACAGUCGCAGAGCGCAUGUCGCGCAUGUCUUUCCAGAUAACAUUUUCCGCCAACCUCGAAGGUGCCUUGACAUUGGGCAUCACUUCCGAUGAGGUCAACGUCGAGACGACGUGGAGAGGGCUAAGCCAUCCUGAAUUUCGAACCGAUGAGAACGAUGGGGACGCCAAGGGUGCACCCCAAAGAGGCAAGCAACAGGGCGAAUUCCGCAGCGUGACGCUCGAGAUGCGGUCCUUUCUUCGGUUCCUGUCCAGCUACAAUGUCGAGACGUCCACCAUAGCGUGCAUAUGCGUCGACCACUGUGCGAUCUUCUAUGUCUACAUUGGCGACCAACAGCAUCCUGGCGGAGUUAUGACUUUCUUCAUUCCUGGCUUGAUAAGUGACACGUGAGCACCCCAAGCGUGUGCCUGCCGCAGUCUCUCUAUCUUCGGUGAGGGAGACCUGUUAGACAUUCGCAAGGAGCGCUCCACUCUAGCACCUUCGCAAGGCAACAUUUUCAAAAUGCAUAUUUGCAAGGAUCCAUGGACGAUUCCAUGACCCCCUCCCCCCGGCCUUCUGUAGCCUAAAUUGAUGCAUUUGCUCUGUGUGCGCU